CAGGCGAAUAGCUCUGUUUUUCUUACCAUAAUUUUCCAUUUCCUCCCCGUUCUUUGAUCUUAACUGUAAAAUCUGGCUAUUUGGCCUUUGUUUUUUUUGAGGUAAAGAGGAGACGAGAGAGAGGAGAUGGUUCAAAUGAUGAGCAAGAUGGAAAAUUCACGGUGGUGGUGGUUCGAUAGUCAUCACGACGGUUCAAAGCGAUCCCAAUGGCUUCAGUCCACUCUUUCUGGGCUGGACAACAAGACCAAGGCUAUGCUAAAAUUGAUCGAGGAAGAUGCAGAUUCCUUUGCCAAACGUGCAGAAAUGUAUUACAAGAAACGUCCCGAGUUGAUUAGCAUGGUCGAAGAUUUCUACAGAUCCCACCGUUUGCUCGCCGAACGGUAUGAUCAAAUCAAGUUGGACCCUGGUACUCGACUCGUAACAACAUUGGGAUCCCCAUUUGCUUCCAUGAAGUACCAUCCCGAUAAGGCCAAGAAUUUUAUGGAUAAAACCUAUGAUAGCAACUCUGAGAGUUUUUAUUCCGAUGAUUAUGCUGAAUCAGAAGUUGAUGACCCCGAACAUUAUGAAGUUGUUGAUCAAGUCGAGGAUUCUGGGCAGGAAGACAAAUAUGAAACCAGUAUAGUGACUAAAGGAGGACAUAUCGAUAAUGAAGAUGGAAACCUCCUUGCCCCCCAAGUAAGGCAAGAAGUUCCAACGAAGGUGUUCGAUGAUGGAGUGAUGAAGUUAAGGGAGGAAAUAGCCAAACUAAAAGAAGAGAACAAGGCUCAGAAGGCUCAAUUAAUCGAGAAAGACGAAGCGAAGAAAGAGGUGAUUCGACAACUCAGUUUGGCUGUCCAAGUGCUCAAGGAUGAGAAUAUGGAGCUUAAGAAGAGUAUUGCUAAAGCACCACCCCUAAGGAAAUGGAGUCCCCUUGAUUUCAACAAAGUAAAGGGAGGACUUUUCGGGAUGUUAUUCAACGGAUCUCCAAAGUCCGGUCCUAGCGUCGUUGCUCUGUAGAUUUCGAGUUAGGUUACAUUAAGAAAAAUAGAAUAUACAUAUACAUAUACAAGUUCAGGUUAGAUGUAUUUGUUAUACAUGUGUUACCUCAGAUUGUGAUAUUCUUUUGUUCAAUUUUGUUUCAUUGUUGUUGUAACAGUUUUUGUUUUUCCUUAAUGUGAAAAGAUGUUGAACUUAAUAUAGUCUUUGUGCUAAUACUAUAUAUAAUUAAGUUUUUUUUCUAUCUAAA